AUGAAGCUGUCCGGAACCCUCAUCGUCCUGCUCGCGGCCUGGCCCUUCGCCACCGCGGUUCCUUUCCGCAUGGUGGACAAGCUGGCUCCUAUCAGACGAGAAGUGGGACCUCGCGCUCCCACCAAGGCGGAUGGAACGAGCUUUCCCCUGGGCAAUAGCACGACCAUCGGUACGCGGCCACUCGCUACAAACGGCAAGUAUGCCCUUAUAUGA